AUGAGAAACAUUACGAUGGGAAGCCCCAUGAUGAAGUUGAUAUUUAUCUUUACAUUUAUAAGCGUUGUCGUUUGUGAGACAAUUUUUACGACAGAUACAGAAAAUAAAACAAUAACCAGUUCUUUUUCGCCACCCGCGUCUGAUUCACCACCUUCUACAGAGUCAAGUGCCAAGCUAUUACGCUCUACAGAAUCUUUGUCUACUGCAACUUCAACAACAAAGGAAAACGUUAUCACAACAAUAGCGUACGCGGCGACCGAGAGCACAACAGCCUCGCUAAGCACAAAAACUUCGACGGAAACUAAAACAAAGGGCUCAGUGAAAAGUGCUGGAAGGCAAAAGUUAAAUAUAACGUCUAGCGCGUUUAGUGGUGCAGCGCAUUCGCUGCCACAUUUUCAAGAUCACUUAGGCGCUAUAGAUUGUGAUCUGCCCGUGUUGCCGCGGGAGUCACGUUUGUGGCGGGGUAAUGAGACUCAUGAGUUGAAUUUACCUGUAACGGAGGAGUGUGGGAUCGGGCGAGGAGGCCCGGGCGAGGAGGACUGCCCCCCGGUCAUCGUGUCGUGGGAGGGCACCGCUGACAUCCAGAGCGGGGACAUUCUUAUUGUCCGAAUUGUAGACUCUCUCCUCGACUCCUUCGGUCACGUCGUCUCGAAGAACGACAGUGAAGAUUCGAAUUCUAUCGAUGUCCCUAAAGAGAGGACACAUCACACACUACUUCAGCCGGCCGUAUACCAGGUGACGCGUCAAGGGCAUCUUCACUGCGAUGUAUCAGAUGGAAUGCUGCUCGAUAUCACUCCGCUUGACGAAAAUGGAGCCAAACUCUUUACACUUUAUGACAAAGAUCUUACUGAAGGCGUUAAUUUACUAAUAGUCGUGUCUGAGAACUGGGGUUCACGAUGCGUUCGUUUAAAAGUAACAGUGAAAUCUGAUAACUGUGGCGAAUCGCAAGAAUGUUCUGGAAAAGGUGUAUGUUAUACAAACGUUUCCAUGGAGGGCUACGAGUGCCAGUGUUGCCGCGGCUACGUGGGACCGCACUGCGAGGAGAGAGAUGCGUGUAAUCCAUUACCCUGCCUGAAUAAUGGCAUAUGUGUCGACCUGACACAACCUCUCAACGGGGCCAACUAUCACUGUCUUUGUCCUUAUGGAUUUACUGGUAGAAAAUGUGAGAAGGAUCCUUGUUAUUCGACGCCAUGUUCCAAUGGUGGAUCAUGCAUGAGCAUGUCUGUAAACGGAUCUACGACGUUCCAUUGCGCUUGUGCUGCUGGGUGGACAGGCGCACAGUGCGAGUUGCCCAUCAGCGAGGCCUGCGCUGCCAAACCCUGCGUCAACGGCAUCUGUGUUGAACAGACAAGCACCCACGAUGGCCAGAACUACCGAUGUUUCUGCGAGCCUGGAUACACGGGCGAGCGAUGUGAGUUGGAGUAUAACGAGUGUGAAUCGUCUCCGUGCAUGAACGGAGGCACGUGCACAGAUCGCGUGGGCGGGUUCCUCUGCACGUGCGGCCGAGGGUACGCCGGCAACACGUGCCAGCUCAAGGUGAACUUGUGUUCGCCAAACCCUUGCAUGGACAAUCGCUAUUGUGUGGACCGCGGAAAUACGUACACCUGUGAGUGCAUAGAUUGCAAUACGCCAUCUAGAUCGCCUUGUGACAAUAACCCAUGCGCACACGGUGGUACUUGUUGGAGCAGCCCCAACUCUUUCUACUGUUCAUGCCGUCCUGGGUACACUGGUAAACUGUGUGAAGAGGACUUUAUCUUGGAGUCGGUGGUGGAGGGCGAAGUGAGCGAUGUAAGCAUUCGUGAUACGGAGGUACGUGCGGGCGGGGUGCGCGAGCUGCGGCUGCCAAUGGGUCUGUACCACGACCGCCUGCACAACGUCUACAUUGCUGCCGGGACUCUUGGCGCCGCUAUCGCCAUUGUUGGCGUCGUUGUAACCGCGUGCCACUGCCGCGUCAAUAAAACGUACGCGAGGCUGCUCUCGCGACUGUCCCGCGUGGCUGAGUCCGGUCCGCCGCACCACUGGCUGCAGGACAAGCGGCCGGCCGCACCGCCGCCCCCACCCUCGGCCUCACUGGACACCACGGACAUGUACUACACUCUUGACUUCAGCGAUAGUCAGAGCUCACCCCUCAUCCAAUAG